GCCCCAGCAAGUAAAACCGUGCAUGAUGAUCCAGUAGGGCAUCUACAGAACGACCUUGCGUUUGUCACUCACGACAUCAACGGAAUUAGGCAUAAGAGUGUCAGAGCAGAUAACCUUGACGCCGUUAUCUCUCGUUCUGUGUCGCCUGCAAAACAUUUGACACAAAAUAGUGGUAUUCUCCCCCCAGGAUCCUCGUUCGGAAGUCGAUACGACACAUCCUUGCGAAGUAUUAAUGGCAGGUCGAGCUUUUACGAUGACACAGAAAAUAGACAUAGCAUGGUAUUGCUGUCCACUCCAUUCAGACUGAGAAAUCAAGGAAACGAGCUGUUCCUCCACAGGUCUGACACGUUUUCAAGAGCAAACGAUACGUUUUCCAAGGGAUAUGACUCCAUCUCGCGAAAUUCUUCGCGAGCACAUUCGCCUUUUAAAUCGCCCUCCAGGUUGAACUACAACCCAAACAUUUCUUAUAGUGAGCGGACGCAGCUCUCUCCCGACAGGUCGAGUAGACAUCUGUCCCCACAACGCAGUCCGUCGCCAUCUAAGCGCGUAUGGCAUUAA